AUGAGUUCCAGCGGGGGAGAUGCGAAGCUCUUCGCUAGGGGCAAGGUCGCAGAGUUACGACAAGAACUCAACAGCGGCGGCAAGAAGGACAAGAACUAUUCGGCCAAGAAGAUUGCCCUGAAGAAAAUCGUCGCGAAUAUGACUAUGAGUAACAACGAUAUGGUCGGCUUGUUUCCAGAUGUGAUAGGAUGCAUGAAUCUGCCGAGCUUGGAGAUAAAAAAGAUGUGCUUCCUCUUCUUGGUUAAUUAUUCAAGAAUGAAACCGGAAAUUGCAUUGAAGGCGCUGCCGGUCUUAGUCGAUGACAUGGAAGACUCAAACCCCCUCGUACGCGCACUGGCGCUUCGGACCAUCUCCUACAUUCAUGUGCGCGAGUUUGUCGAGGCAACUAUUCAACCUGUCAAACGGUUGAUGGGAGAUAUGGACCCCUACGUUCGCAAAACUGCUGCGUUGUGUGUCGCCAAGCUCUACGAGCACGAUAAGAAGAUGGUCGAGAGCUCCGACCUGAUCGAUCGGUUGAAUCAAAUGCUUAAAGAUGAGAAUCCGACGGUUGUCUCUAGUGUUCUUGCCUCCUUAGUGGACAUUUGGGGUCGCAGUGAAACCAUCUCUCUAACGAUCGACUACACGAGUGCGUCGAAACUGGUUUCCAUCUUGCCAGAUUGUUCCGAAUGGGGACAAACGUACAUUCUCGAGGCUCUAAUGUCAUAUGUUCCACAAGAUUCUGCAGAGGCACUCUUGCUAGCAGAACGAAUAGCCCCGCGCCUUUCACACUCCAACUCGGCUGUUGUCCUCACUUCCAUCCGUGUCAUCCUCUACCUCAUGAACUACAUUGCCGGUGAAAGGCAUAUCACAUCCCUGUCGAAAAAGCUAUCACCACCGCUGGUCACCCUCCUGUCGAAGCCGCCCGAAGUUCAAUACUUGGCGCUUCGAAAUGCCAUACUCAUACUCCAGAAGAGACCCGAAGUUCUACGCAACGAUAUCCGGGUGUUUUUCUGUAACUACAAUGAUCCCAUAUAUGUGAAGGUGACCAAACUUGAGCUCAUAUUCAUGCUGACCACGAAGGAGAACAUAUCGGUUGUCCUGGCGGAAUUGCGAGAAUAUGCCACGGAGAUUGAUGUCCAUUUCGUACGCAAGGCUGUACGCGCGAUUGGAAAGCUGGCGAUCAAGAUCGAGUCUGCCGCCCGGCAAUGUAUCGAUACGCUUCUCGAUCUGGUAAACGCCAAAAUCCCUUAUAUCGUACAGGAAGCCACAGUUGUCAUUCGGAAUAUCUUCCGCAAGUACCCCAACCAGUACGAAAGUAUCAUCGGCCAGGUCAUCCAAAACAUCGACGACCUCGACGAGCCUGAGGCCAAAGCUGCCAUCAUAUGGAUCAUCGGACAAUACGCUGACCGGAUCGAAAAUUCGGACGGCCUUCUCCAAGACUACCUCGCCACAUUCCAUGACGAAACCGUCGAGGUUCAACUGGCCCUCCUGACCGCCACAGUGAAGUUCUUCAUCCAACGUCCCACAAAGGGCCAACAACUCGUCCCACAAGUCCUGAAAUGGUGCACCGAGGAGACCGACGACCCGGACCUCCGAGACAGAGGAUACAUGUACUGGCGUCUACUGUCGACCGAUCCCGCCACCGCGCGACAGAUCGUAAUGGGCCAGAAGCCACCGAUCAGCGCAGAAAGCGAGAAACUCGACUCGCGUACCCUGGAAGAGCUCUGUCUGAACGUCGGCACCCUGGCCACAGUGUACCUGAAACCGGUGCAGCAAGUGUUCCGCUCGGCGCGCACUCGUCGAUUACAGUAUAGCCCUGCGUUGCAGAGACCUGCCGAAGAUCAUGGCAAUGGUUCCUGGCAAUUCCCCGCCACGCCUGCCACCACUACCAGCUUCACCACCGGCGGUGCCACAAUCGUUUCUUCUAGCUCGCCAACCUCGCCGGUGAAUGGAUCGGUACAGGCCCCCGGUGACAUGAAUGCGGCCGUGAGUGCAGCCGACGUAUACUUCAAUAAUGUCGGCAGUCAACAAAUGGCGGCUCUAGACCUGGGAGGUCGUGGGGAUGGUGGUGUUGGCGGUGGUGGAGCGUCCCAGAUGCAGUACGUAGUCAAUCAGAACCAGCAGCAGGUGUAUCAGCCUCAGUUGGCCGGUGUAGCAGCGACAGGGGAGUUAUUAUUAUUGUGA